ACAUAUUAAACCCCCAACAUGAAAUCCAGAUAACAAAAGUAACCUAAAUCACAUCCUCGCCCACCUUCUUCAUUAUUAAAUUAUUGUUGUUAUUAUUAACCUAUAUUUUUUUACAUACUUUUUAAAAUCUUUUUUAUUUAUUAUUUAUUAAUAUAAUCUAGUUUCAUCGUUAUCUCAUUUCCCUGUUGCGUGCUCUGUUUUUAUGGGAAAGUCACUUCCAUCUACGACCAGACUCCAAGAAUUCACGAGAGUAAUCUCAUCAGACAAGCUCCAAAAGUCAAAGCGUGCAAAACCCAUAUCUCAAAUCCGAGUUUCUUCGCCCGGAACAGUCAAAUCGGACAGUUUCCGAGUUGACUCGGAUCAGCAAAAGUCAAGGAGGAUGGAGAGCUCCGAGGGUCAGAGCCGUAGUGGCCAGACUCAGACUCAGCCGCUGUCUCUGGUGGUGGCCGACUGUGUUAAGCGAUGGUUUCAGGACACGCUCAAGGAAGCCAAGACUGGUGAUACCGCUAUGCAGGUCUUGGUGGGCCAAAUGUAUUUCAACGGCUAUGGUGUUGCUAAAGAUCCUCAGAAGGGACGUUCUUGGAUCGGUAGAGCAUCAAAAACUCGAUCUUCUGUUUGGAAAGUAGGUGAUAAACACCCAGGCUACAAUGCAAGUGAUUCAGAUUCUGAUGAUCCGAACGAUGAUUCUAAAAAUAUCAAAUAGGUUUCAUAUUGGAUCCUUUUCUCCCAGUAAAUUGUUAAUGAGGAUAUGGCCAUUAUCUCAACCAAAAGAUCUGAAGCAAAUGUAGUAUUACACAGAUAAGGAGACAUCAAAAUGAAAAAGACAGCUGAAUAGUUUUGUGGAGUAUUUUUUUCUUUUUUUCUUUUCUAAUUGGGUUCUGUUAUGAGGCAUUCUUGUAAUAUUGUACUGCUGUUUAUCUCUGACUUAAAAGUUCAUGUUUUGACUUAAGAGGGUCCCCUCUUUUCUUAGUCGUAAGUAGCUGAAUAUUCCACAAGAUAAGUGAAUGCUAUAAGCAUCUCAUUGAGAUUUUCUUCAGAGAUGGUCAUAUCAUAGAGCUUUUUCUUUUGAGUUUAGGUAUGCUCUUUUGCUUCUGCAAGGAGUCUUGUAUGUUUCGCUGAAGACUGAAACAUAUUGCUCACCUUUUUUUUCUUUUUUGAAUGAUUAUUUCUCUAAGAAAAUUGCUUACA